AGGGACUGACUGUGGACGCACCGGAUCCACGGUCGAGCGCCGAACAACUCCAAACAAGAUCGAGGGCAGGAAGACGCUUCAUUAACUCCCUGAAUAAACUCCGAGCUGCUGGAGUUUCCAAUCUGUUUAUAUACUUGGGAUGAAAGUGCGUACACGUUUGGCACGAGAACCAGGAGCGGACAGUAGCUGAUUAGCCGUCUAUCGAAACGAAGUGUGCACUGAAACGACUGAUUGAUCACUCCAGCCAAAUCAAACAAUCUAAGAAGCUGUUAACUUUUUAUUUAUCUUUUUGAGGAGACAUGCACCUGGCUCUGGACAGAUAUUUUUGGCUGUCCCAUGACUGAUAGUUCAGCUUUGUUCCUGGACACUGGUGAACAUGGAUAUAGGUCGGUAAACUUCGGACACAACUGUUAGGGCACCACAAAUAAUCUCAGGAUUUAAGCACAUCUCUGUGAACUGGAAUAACAAAAAGCGUGUGGGUCUAAUUUUAAAUCUGACACAUGAUCACGACCGGAUUUGUGCACCAGCCCGAACACCAACGCUGGAUUGACGGCCCUAAACUCGGACAGACCCUCGUUAUACCUGUGUGCAUGUCAUCCACCCUCUAUCAGGCGUGAUUUGACCUUUUGUAAUGUCAGCAUAAGAAACUCGACCAAUAGAUGAAUGCAAUAAAACAGACACGCGCUGCCGUCUACCAAAGUGCAAGGUAGCAGCGAUUUUGGUAACACACAGACACGUUGGCCCAGAAGCCAUCUGUGCAACAUUGCGCGACACCUUUUUUUCCUCAAGGCAACGCAAGAAAAUUGGAUUUAGAAGUUUACGCUGAGCCAUGGAGCCCCUCCGCGAGGACGCCUGACUCACAUGCUGCUCUGUUGAAUGUGGAACGGGAACCCGGAGUACAAUCGACCGAAAGGAUCUUAUCUUCUCGCGGGUUAGCAGGUUUGGGGCUCCCCGAGUACCGUGGAAGAUGGCAGGGAGCGACGGCUCGUGGAAAUAUUACCUCUGGAUUCUGACAGUCAUGUGCAGAUACGCGUUACCCGCAGCCAAAUCACUGGAGUCUGUUGUGUGGAACUCGCAAAAUCCAAAGUUUGUGUUGGGGAAAGGAUUGGUGAUUCACCCAGAGAUUGGGGACAAACUGGAUAUUAUCUGCCCCAAAGGGGACAUGGGGCGGCCGUAUGAGUUUUAUAAACUCUACUUGGUGAAGAAAGAGCAGGUGGAGUCCUGCAGCACCAUACUGGACCCCAAUGUACUGGUCACUUGCAACAAACCAGAGAAAGACAUCAAAUUCACCAUAAAGUUCCAGGAGUUCAGUCCAAACUACAUGGGGCUUGAGUUCAAACGCUUCACAAACUAUUACAUCACUUCAACUUCUAAUGGAACACAGGAAGGCUUGGAAAACAGAGAAGGUGGGGUUUGUAGCACGAGAUCCAUGAAGAUCAUCAUGAAAGUGGGCCAAGAUCCAAAUGCACCAGAUCCAGAUUUAACUGACCUCCCAGAGCGGGACCAGGACAAUGAGAUCAAGGACCCCACGACAAGCCCCUCCCGCAAAAGAGACAGAGACAGAGAGCGAGAAAGAGACAUAGAGGGGAACGGAUCCAUAAUGCCUGGCAGAGACACGAGAAACCAGGAGAACAGUGCUGGUUCAGUGGAAGGAAUUUUCGGCUCUAAACCUGCUCUCUUCGCUGCCAUCGGAGCGGGCUGCGUCAUCUUCCUCCUCAUCAUCAUCAUCCUCAUCGUCUUACUCCUCAAGCUUCGCAAAAGAACCCGCAAGCACUCGCAGCCCAGGGGCGGGCCUUCCCUGUCACUUAGCACUCUGGCCGCGCCUAAGGGAGCCACCGAGGCCGGCUCCGAACCGAGUGACAUCAUCAUCCCCCUGCGGACAACAGAGAAUAACUACUGUCCACACUAUGAAAAAGUGAGCGGAGACUAUGGACACCCCGUCUACAUAGUACAGGAAAUGCCCCCCCAGAGCCCCGCCAAUAUCUACUACAAAGUCUAAGAGAAAGAGAGAGAAGCAACCGCAAUAAGAACAUGUUUUUGUAAGGUAUCCUAAAUCUUUUAUUUCACUACCUAACCCCAUGUUUGAGAGAGGAUGGAGAAGGACAAGUGGUAAAGAGGAAUGGAAAAAGACUAUGUGGAUGAUAUGCCUCUCAAACUUCCUUCCCAAAAACUACACUGUGUGUAUGUGUGUGUGCUGGUCUCUCUCAGUUUGUAUGAAAUGGCAGAGAAAACCCUCCACAGUGUGUGUGGCACUCAGGCAUGGACUUCACUGCAGAAGAACAGCCUUUAACCAAUCACAGAGGGAUGCUAGAUUGACAUCACAUAGCAGGACACUCUCAUUUGUCUGUUUGUGUGUUGUUUUGUACCUUUACAACUCUUAUUUUUGGUCUCUUGUUCAUCUCUCACAGUGCUUUUUCUGUAUCAAUCCAAUCCUUGCAGCUUUCACACAGUGUCUCUCUCAGAGUAAAAAUGUCUUAAACACUGUUAUAAACUCCACUCUCCUCUUCAUGCACUCAAUAUAUUCUCUCAUCUCAUUUCCUUAAGUCUCUCCAGAUACCUAUCCAUUUUACAUAACUGCAGAGGCAAUUGAACAAAACACACACUCGCACACACAGUGCUGUUCACGGGUCAGUACCAGCAGUCUCUCAGUGGAAAAAAAGAGUGAGUGAAAUGGAGAAUUUAAAACCCAAAAACAGUGACAAAUCUACAUCAGACCUUCCAACAUAGGUUCUGCUUUACUAGAUGGAUUUUAUUCAUUUCAGUUGAAAUUCUAGCAGCAGAAUUCAAGUAGAUAUUUGCUGUCUGUUGUCAGUGAUGCAUGUGAAAUGCGGAAUAAUAUUUGCAUUCUAUCAUUUAUCAUUUCUAUUUUCUUUUACAUUUUCCAAAAGUGUUUUGUAAAUAAAAAAAAAAAAAAAACAUUUUUAGGGAUUUGCCUCUACACCACAAGCCUAUGACCUCUUUUUUUCAGCCACAAAACAUGUUGAUGCAUGUCUUUGCAUAAUUUAGUCAACUAACUUUUUUUUUUUUUUUUGCGUAUAAUUCAUGACUCACUGUCUGGAUGUAGACGUGGACUCUAACAGUAUGAUUGCGUGUAUGUAGAGUCCCACACAGAAGCCAAAAAUCCAUAAACAUACAAAACGUGACAUUAUGCCUUCACCUCUCCUUCCUGUUGCUCUCAGAAAUGCACAUACUUUUUCCAUAUUAGCAUAUAAACACAACUAUACAAAAAAAAAACAAAAAAAAAAAACAAAA